GCCAUUUCAUGUUCUUCGAUUAGCGAAUUUUGAUUUCUGAGAUGGAGCGGGAACGAUCGGAGAUCCUACUAGCAAUCUCCAUCUAUUGUGUAUCCUCGUCUAGCCUGAUGUUAUCCAACAAGUUGGCAAUCCACGACUUUCCGUUGGAGUGCUCCUUGGUGUGGCUGCAGCUGGCUUUCUCAGCUCUCGUCCUUGCUACUUUUGGGUAUUCUUACAUCCAUGUUGGAUCACGCAAAGACUUGUUGCGCUGGAGCAUGGUGGCCCCAAUGUACUGUGCCAUGUUGCUCACUUCGAUGCUUGCCUUAAAAAAUGCCCCCAUGUCACUGGUCAUAGUGAUUCGCAAUGCCUCUCCCCUGGGAACCUUGGUUCUGGAGCGGCUGUACCCUGAGCCUUUGCAAGUGAGUGGGAAAAUGUUGAUGGCCCUGAUAGUGAUGUUUGUUGGGGCAAUGAUGUACAUGGUCGACCAUCGAGAUAAGAUGAAUUGGGCAGCAAUCGGAUGGGUGGUGUUGAACAGUAUCAUUGCCGUGGUGGAUCGAUUGCUUCAAAGACUGCUGCUUGCAAAAGACCAAUGCCCAGUAGACAUUUCGAAGACUGGCAUCACUUUGAUCAACAACCUGUGGGGUGUUGUGGUGAUUGGGAUCGCCAUCGUCAUGAAAGGUGAACUCCCAGCAGUACCGGAUGCUGCGAAACAUCUCACAUGGGCUGGACAGGCGAACCUGGUGUUGAGUUUAGUUAUAGGUUUGACCAUCAGUUACACCAGCAUUUGGGCGCAGAGCCUCAUCACAGCCACCAGUUUUCUGGUGAUGACCAAUGCCAACAAGUUUGUGAUCCUGGCCGUUGAGGCUUGCGGCUUCAAUUCCGGAAUGACCUCAAUACAGAUAGCCGGAGCCAGUUUGAGCAUUGUGGGUGGUCUUCUGUAUGGACAAGCCCGGCAGGAAAUGGAACAAAAAGGUGAACGUUCCACGCUGCUUCCGACGAAGACGAAAUCCACACCGAGCUCAGCUUUAGCAGGGGCUUAGGAUCGGCGAUGGGAGACGGAAGCAAAAGAUUCUCCCAGGUGGACGAGAUGGCAAUGUAUGGCAAUGUAGCCUGCACAUGCCUGCACGAUUUCGGGAGUUUUGAUCCGAGGUAAAAAGAUGUGAAAAGUGGC